AUGGUAAAACGAGGUCGCUCUUCUUCAAACCCACUGCAGGUUGCGGCCUUUCUCUUCCGCAGGGAUUUUCGCCUCGUUGACAACACAGGCCUGUCACUUUUACGCAGACGGGUGUCCAAUCAGUCACUGGGCAUCCUCCCGCUCUUCUUCUUCAACCCUGUGCAGUGUGACCCGGAGAGGAACGCGUACUUUGGUAAAGCGUGUUUUGAGUUCAUGUGUCGCUCUUUGCGUCAUUUAAAUGAUGUACAACUUGAAGGACGAUUGGUAUGUCUCUACGGUAGUGACUCUGAUUGUCUUGAGACUGUUCUUUCAGCUGGUUACGAUAUUAAAUAUCUGGGAUUUAAUCGUGAUGUUACUCCAUUUGCACGAGAGCGAGAUGCUAAACUCGAAAAAUGGUGUCAAUCUAAAGGUAUAGAAUGUGUAACAAGUGAUGCUGACUAUACUCUUUUUGAGUUAAAUACCGUUCUUACAGAUGCUGGGAAACCGUACCGCGUUUUUACACCAUUUUAUAGAAAAAUUCUUUUUCAUUAUUUUAAUAAGAUUUCUUUACCGGAUUCUACACCCGUAGUAAUUGAAGAUUGGUUUGUUAGUUCAACGGCAAAAGAUGAUAUACGGAAUGCUAAACCAAGAUUGGCACAGAAAGUUGGAGAUUCUGGGAAAAAGUGUUUUGUUAGAGAUGUUGACCUUAGUUCUUUAUCCUCGGUUUUUCCUAAUCUUACAGAUAAGGGUGGGAGAGAUGAAGGUUUAUCACGACUUGCACGUAUCGCAGAUGCGAUAAACUAUAUUCUUGAAAGAGAUGAUAUUCCCGGUGAUUGUACAACUCAUUUAAGUCCACAUUUAAAGUUUGGUACUGUUUCUAUACGGGAAGCGAUGAAAAUAGCAGUAGAAAAUUUAGGAAAAGAACAUGGCUUUACCCGACAGUUAAUUUGGAGAGAAUUUUAUGCCAUGCUAAUUUUUCAUUAUCCUCAACUUGUACAGGGACAAAUAAAGACGAUACAAACUCAAGGGAAACAAGAUGUAGAUUGUGUAAAUCAACCUCUUGAUACAAAAUAUAUUAAUUUUCCUUGGUCAUGGGAUGAUAAUGCAUUUACUGCUUUUAAAGAAGGUCAAACAGGUGUUCCUUUAGUAGACGCUUCUGUUCGUUGUUUAAUGCAGACUGGUUGGUGUCAUAACCGUUGUCGUAUGAUCAUUUCUAAUUUCCUUGUGAAAAUUCUUUUUGUAGAUUGGCGAGAAGGAGAACGGUGGUAUUCUACUGUGGGAGUGGAUUAUGAUGUUCCUAACAACAAUGGAGGAUGGUUGUGGUCAUCCGGUCAAGGAGCUGAUGCUCAACCGUACUUUCGUACCUUCAAUCCCUUUCGUCAAUCAGCUCAACAUGACCCAAAUGCAGUUUUUAUUAAGAAAUGGAUACCGGAACUUCGUGAUGUACCUGCGAAAAUUAUUCAUGAGUGGGAUGUCUACUGUGAAAAACAUCGAAAAGGUGGAGAACAUAAACAAUUAACUCUUAAGGAUAGUACAGAUGGGAAAAAAAAAGUAUCAGAAAGGUCAAAGUUAUGUGGAAAGAUGUUGGAUGAUAUAAAGUACCCUAGUCCCAUUGUAAAUGUAAAAGAACGCACAAAAUGGGUUAUAGAUCAGUAUAAAAAGUACGUAAAGUCUAUUAAUGAAGAGAAAUAG